UGAAAAAAGAGAAAGAGUGUUGAAACAGAUCAUGGCGGUCCCCUGGUUCUUGUAGAAUGUACUGGUGUACUUAGCCUGUUGAGCCGCUAGCACCUUCUAGCACCAGCUGAACAAAAGUAGAAAUACGAACUACAUUCUAGCACAUUCCAAUUUUAUCCAGUACAACAUACACGAACACUAUUAACAGAUUCAAUCAACUCCCUGACACAAGAAAAAAAUGAAGUUGCAAAUCCAAGAUGGUAAAAGGCGCCUCGAAAUGGAGGUCUCUGGCAGGGAGACCAUCAAAGACGUCAAGGCUUUUGUGGCUUCUAUUAAGGCUGACCGUAAACAUAAUUCAUGUUCAUCUUAAGGCGCGAGGAUCUUUGAUACGUAGGUAGUUUCCAGCGGAAAAAAGAAAAACGUCAAUAAAGAUGACUUGUUCCUCCAAGAUGAAUAAAUCAAUGUUCUUGGUAACUGACCUCUAACUUUAGCGACGGACCACCCAUAGAGUUCCAGAAGCUACUAGCGAAGGGAAAAGAACGCCUGGACGACGUCAUUUUGGCUGACAUACCGCUUCAAGACGGUGCUAAAGUGAUGAUCAUGCGCAGAGCCGGAGCACCUGAAAGGACGAAGGUUCUCAAAGAGGGGGAUGGAGAAGUUAGGCUUAUCUCAAUAAUAGAUACUCUAGGGAAGCAAAGCGUUGACCUUAUUAACCUUUACCAUAAAAGAAAGUAAGUGAGUACGACUCGUCGUGUAGAUUUAUAAGUGUUGUGGAAAAAGUGGACCGCUUACCUGUCUCAAAAAGAGGACAAAUUAUAAGAAGAAGCAGCUGCUUUCUUAUCUUCACGUCGCUGAUGAACUUGAAUGUUGAUAAAAAAUAUAAAGAGUCCAGCUGCUCUAACGAAGCCGCAGCACAAGAAAAAACAGACGACACGAAAGCAGACACAACCGAUGUCGCACCAGUGGAAACGAAAACCGUGAUGUUUCUUCCAGAGGACAAGUCUGGCUCUUCGAUGAAUCAUGAUGGUGACCACCGCGAUCCAACUACAAAUAGUAACCAAACGACUACAACUACUUCCAAUGGGAAUGGAGCAGGAGCGCAAGAGGCUACAAGCGAAAGCGGACAAGAAGCUACAAUUAGGGUCAAGCAAGGUAGAGACUCGCAUACAAUCACGCUUGGUGGCAGUAAGGUAGUAGCGGGAGUCACGUGGGCAGAUCUGGCUGCCCAUUUACACGCCUACUGCAUUCCCCAGGUUGCCGCGAAGCAUUACCGGUUCCUGGCGAAAGGAAAGUUAUGGAGAUUUAAUCCGAUGUUUUGACAAGAACAAUUACACACAGAGUACUUCGGGUUACUUAGGUAGAAUCUAAUAAUGUUUCUACACGAUUGCUUCUGCAGGAUAUGGAAUCGUAGACCUAGUAGAGACAGAAAUACAUGACCAGCACCAGCACAGUAUGUUGUAACUCAUAUUCGAUAGAGUGAGAACCCCUCUCCUUCCUCUUCAUGGUCCGAGAUUUCCGAUUUGAGCACGCGCGUUUUUCCCCCAGAUCAGACUACGUCCUCUUCAGAAACAAGCAGGACGAGCAGCAAAGCACUUUCUUGUUCCGUCAUGCUCCUUUUUAGGGAAGGCCACUAUGUCGAAAAAGACAAUGCGCAGUGGGUCCGCGAACGAGCAGUUGAAGUGGAGGCAUUAGCAGAUCGGAUGGGCACCUUAGAAAAGCGUGUGUCACACCGUAUGGCGGAUGAGGACACUUUUCUAGAGAUUUGGCGUGCCGAAUCCCUAGUGGCAGCUGUCCAAUCAGCAGCUGACGCAGUAGGAGUCAAAGGGGAGGACAUUGAGAAGAAAAGAAAACUGCAAGAAAUGGUGAAAGAUUUGUCUAUGAGAUUGCAACAAUUGAGGAAGAAGAUGUAAGGGCAAUGUUUUCUUUCUUGAUAUGCGUUGAAGGUUCCGCUUCCAUAUGGUGCGCACUUCCGCGUGUAGAAAAUAUCGAUCUGCUUCACAUGGAAGGAAUUGAUCGCGCAAGGGCUAUCCUUUCACCUUUUACUUCUACAAAGGAGAAGAAGCUGAAGCAUGUACAUGUUGAGAACUGGCUACAGCGUCUAGAAUCCCAGGAUACACUAUGUAUACAUCU